CUUCGUGUUCUUAUGUUCUAAAUCGGAAUACCAAACUAGUAACGGACCUCUUGUAUUUUGCAGGUCAAAAGAGCAUUGCAUUUUUUCGUGUUUGGCUGAAAUGGGUUUUGGGUUGUACGAAAAUUUAUUUCUUCCACUGUCAUGUGAUAUAAUGAUUGUAUGAUCCGUCAUGGACACUUAGUUGGUCUUUAGCCAUCAUCGUUGCUCAUUGAAUCUCGGUCUUUUAGUGUGUGUGUAUGUGUGCAUGUUUUGUAUGUGGAUAUUGAAAGUGAAUUUCAAUUUGCUGUAUUUUUAUUGACUCACAAUGAAGUGGACAAUUUUAAUUGCUUUUUUCCUCAUUGGAAUACAUGGUCACACAUUGCCAUAUUCGAUUCCAAUACAUUCAUCACCCAACAUUCCAGAGUCUCGACGGAAUGGUCGUGGAUUGUUUUCCACGUUGUCUGGACUGGGCAACGUUGCCGUUGCGGCUGCUGCUGGUUCCAGUCUGCUCGGUGGUAAAGAUCCCGACGACGAUGAUAUCAGCAGUAAUCUUGUGAAUCAUUUAUCCGCCUCGGCAUCAUCAUCCUCUUCGUCAUCGUCUAAUGCGAAUAAAGCCAAACCGUAUGCAUUCAAUGAUGUGGAAAUGUCGGCCAUACAGACAAUGAUUUCCAUACGUAACAUAAUUGGUGAUUUGCUGCAUAAAGUUGGUGUGAAUUUGCCCUCAUCGUUAGCGUCGUUGAUUACCCGGUCAUCCGACCACAACAACGAGAAACAUUCGUUGCUUUCAACUGGAGGCGAUUCCGCUGCGGCAAGCAUACUGUCAUCAGCAUCGUCCAAAGUGAAUGCUGCGCUGUUGAUUCGUGGUCUGGCAUUAUCAUUACCGUUGUUAAUUCCAAUGGCCAAUCAAAUUCGUCGCAUGUCCACAGACAGUGGUGUGCUAUCAGCACCACCACCACCAUCAUCAUCAUCAUCAUCAUUCACGUCAGCAUCACAAUCAUUGUCGGCUUCUUUACCGACAUCAUCGUUGAUGGUACCACCGUUUCAAUUGCCACAAUUUGAUCCGUAUGGCUAUGAUCGGGCAUUGCAUCGACGACGUGGUAAACGAUCCAUAACGGCGACGACAUUGUCUGAAUCGACACAGCGUAUGUUACGUCUUCGAGAGCAGCAACAGAUAUUGCGUUAUCUGAGGCAAAUGGAAGAAAUGUACGGCAUUCAGCCGACAUACGCCCAACAACAGCCACAACAACAACAACAAUCGAGUGAACCCUAUUACAUAAGAAAUGUAUUCAUAGCACAACCACAGCAGCAGCAGCAACAACAACAACAACAACACUUACCUAACCAUCACUAUCUGCAUGGACAAACAAGAACGACUACGACUUGAUAAAAUAUGAUGGACCCAGUUAUUCAGUUUUGUCUAUAAUCACUCAAUUGAUCAUCAUUAUCGUUAUAUCAGCAUUCGAAGCACUCACCAUACCUCUGCGCCCGAAUAUCAUUUCAUCAUGAUGUUGUUAUCAUUAUCAUUUUUCAGAAUGUUGGUGCUUCCGAAUGGACGGAAUGCAGCCACACAAUAAAACGAUUGCACCACUUGCCUUGAUUCGUACAUUUCAUCAGCUGGUCAUUAUCAUGUUCAAGUUGAUGAAGAUCAAUUUCCAUUCUUCCAUGCACAUCAAACAUAAUCCAGUUUUCAGUGUGUGUGUGUGUGUGUGUGUUUGUAUCCUUAAUCCGAUCGUCAGCCAAUCAUUUUUAUUCAUUCAUUCAUUCAUUUGUUCAAUCCAUUAGGAUUUAGGACAAGAGUUGUAUCUAUCAGUUCAUGUUUAUCAGUUUAUUCUGUUGGCAAAACUCGUAAUUCAUUUUUUUCUAUUCCAAAAUUUUGCUCAUUACCAUUGAUUAGUAUUCAUAGACUAGCAACACACACUGCAUCACUGAAACAUGUUGACACUUUUUCUGGAUAAUUGAAAAUUGAAAUUCGAAAUGCCUCUUUAGCCUUUUUUACCUUGCAUGAAUAAUUGAAUUGAUCAAUUGUACAAUGUAUUAUUCUAAUCAUCAAUAUUUUUUUGCCCACUGUCAAUAAUA